UGUCACCCCGCGAGCAAGCUGCGCACCAUCCGGGCCGGAGCCAGCGCCACAGACUCGGGCGCCUCGGGCCGGGGAGCGCAGAAGAGCCAUGGCCACCACCAAUGGGGCCGUGGAGAACGGGCAGCCGGACAGGAAGCCGCCUGCUCUGCCGCGCCCUGUCCGCAACCUGGAGGUCAAGUUCACCAAGAUAUUCAUCAACAAUGAAUGGCACGAAUCCAAGAGUGGAAAAAAGUUUGCCACAUAUAAUCCUUCAACUCUAGAAAAAAUAUGUGAAGUAGAAGAAGGAGAUAAGCCUGACGUGGACAAGGCGGUGGAGGCCGCACAGACCGCCUUCCAGAGGGGCUCGCCCUGGCGCCGCCUGGACGCCCUGGGCCGUGGCUGGCUCCUGCAUCAGUUGGCUGACCUUGUGGAGAGGGACCGAGCCAUCCUGGCUACCCUAGAAACAAUGGACACAGGGAAGCCAUUCCUUCACGCGUUUUUCAUCGACCUGGAGGGCUGUAUUAAGACCCUCAGAUACUUCGCAGGGUGGGCUGACAAAAUACAGGGCAGGACCAUCCCCACAGAUGACAACGUGGUGUGCUUCACCAGGCAUGAGCCCAUAGGUGUGUGUGGGGCCAUCACUCCUUGGAACUUCCCUCUGCUGAUGCUGGUGUGGAAACUGGCGCCCGCUCUCUGCUGUGGGAACACCGUUGUCAUGAAGCCGGCCGAGCAGACCCCCCUCACUGCCCUUUAUCUGGGCUCUCUGAUCAAAGAGGUCGGAUUCCCUCCAGGAGUGGUCAACAUCGUGCCAGGAUUUGGGCCCACGGUGGGAGCAGCAAUUUCUUCCCACCCUCAGAUCAGCAAGAUCGCCUUUACGGGGUCCACAGAGGUUGGAAAGUUGGUUAAAGAAGCUGCCUCUCGGAGCAAUCUGAAGAGGGUGACACUGGAGCUUGGGGGGAAGAACCCCUGUAUCGUGUGUGCUGAUGCUGACCUGGACUUGGCCGUGGAGUGCGCCCAUCAGGGAGUGUUCUUCAACCAAGGUCAGUGCUGCACGGCCGCCUCCAGGGUGUUCGUGGAGGAGCAGAUCUACGCAGAGUUUGUCAGGCGGAGCGUGGAGUACGCCAAGAAGCGUCCCAUCGGAGACCCCUUCGACGUCAGAACGGAACAGGGGCCGCAGAUUGACCAAAAGCAGUUCGACAAAAUCCUUGAUCUGAUCGAGAGUGGGAAGAAGGAGGGAGCCAAGCUGGAAUGUGGGGGUUCAGCCAUGGAAGACAGGGGGCUCUUCAUCAAACCCACGGUCUUCUCAGAAGUUACUGACACCAUGCGCAUUGCCAAAGAGGAGAUUUUUGGACCGGUGCAGCCAAUACUAAAGUUCAAAAAUAUCGAAGAAGUGAUAAAAAGGGCAAAUAGCCUUGAAUAUGGACUCACGGCAGCCGUGUUCACAAAAAACCUCGACAAAGCCCUGAAGCUGGCUUCUGCCUUGGAGUCUGGAACUGUCUGGAUCAACUGUUAUAAUGCCAUCUACGCACAAGCACCAUUUGGUGGCUUUAAAAUGUCAGGAAAUGGCAGAGAACUUGGUGAAUAUGCGCUGGCUGAAUACACAGAAGUGAAAACUGUCACCAUCAAACUCAAUGACAAGAGCUCCUGAAGGAAAGGCGGGCUCCUUCCUCAAACCUUUGACAGCUGAAUGUGGCAGAUGGAACUUUUGCCGAAGAAAACCUGCAUUUCCCGCCUUCCCGGGUUACUCUGCUCUGGAGACUUUAAAUCUACUGGAUUUGAACGAUUUCAAUUUUCCUCUCACACUCCUGUUUCAUUGACCAAUAUGUUGUGUAUGUGGCAUUGCAGUCCUGCCUGGGGAUGGAGCUAGUGGCCAUUUCCGUUUUUCCCUUUCAACCAGGUCCCCCAGGGACAGUGAAGAGGCUCAGGGCGAGGCCAACAGGAAGUGGUAUUUUGAAGUCUCCAGCGGUCACUUAAAAAUGUUUUGCCGACUCUGACUCCGAUAAGAACUUGGAAAAACGCCCGGCUUGUUCUGCAAACAGGGCCCUGCACCUGUGGCCUCCUCGGGGUUACCUGCCCACAGAACAAGCCCCUCCCACCAGUUAGUGGGAAAGAAACAGGACUAAAUUCAAAACCAAACAAAAACAGGAUUGUGAGGACCCAGUGUGGGGAGCUUUGGGGAAGCAAGUACCGUGGAAAGGUACUGAAGGACUUGGGUGUGAAAGGGCGUGGGUCUUCAAGGACUGCCUCUUGACAUUGACCAUGGGACUCAGCUUAAAACCCAAACUCCUUUUGGAAUAUGACCGAAUCAAUGCCCAGCAUGGUUCUCUAAAACUAUGUCACAGUCUACCUUAACCAAGGCACUUUCUUAGGCAGAGAACAUCCCUAGUGUUACCAUCACUGCUGAGGACUCAGUACUCUGACAUGACGACAGCAUGGCAACCGCAUUUUACAAAUCAGAGCCAUAAUUCGCUUUUACAAAUUAUGAAUUUCUACCACUUGCAUUAAUGGUUUAUGAUCAGCCUGUGUAGCUCUCUUUGUCUCCAGUUUGGUUAUCUAUUUUAGAUUAGCAAAACAUACACAACUGGAAAGCCUAUUGUUUUAAUACAGCCUGGUUUUUUAAAGUCCUAUUUUGAUGUUAAUGAUUAAUUAACAAAUAACACCCAGACUCCAUGGAAGAACUGGGUCUCCUACUAAAGUGGCCUGAGUACUGCACUAACAUGUUGUGAAUUUUUCUUUUCCUCUUUAUAUGUGCAAAUGCUGUGCAAUCCCAAGUUUUAAAGUGUUCCCCUGAUCGCUUUUAAAAACAAAACCAAACAUAAUUGCAUUAUUUGGAUACUUUCACUGUUAUUAACUAGUUACUUUUCUGAUGGUGCUUAUAUUUGGGAAUUAAAUUAUGUUUAUAGAAUUAAAUUGGGGGAGGGCAAUAAUAAAAUAAACAUCAAAACCAGUGUAUGGAUGAAAGAAAGUCCCAUAUGGAAUGGGGUUGUCAUUCUUAUCAGAAAUAGGCAAUAUGCAAUUCACCUUCUCUACAUCAGUUAACACUUAUCACUUAAACUGUCAGCAACUUGCUAAGUCAGGAGUUGACUUCAUACACUGAAUUUUCAGGAUUUUAUCUCAAGCAACUAUAGACACUAACCUUGAUAGUAAUACAUUAGAGGGUACUUAUUCUCUCAUUGUACAAUAAUGCCUUUAAUAUGAAAUGCUACAUUAUUUAUAAUUGGUAUAGUUAAUGUAUCUUUUUAUAGUUGUAAGUAAAAACAGAGGUGGUAUAUCUAACCUUCUGUAAUAUACUGUAUUUAGAAAUGGAAAUCUAUAUAGUAUUAGAUUUCACUUCUUUUAAGGUUUAUUCCUGUGGUAUGGUUUCAAAAAACAAUCUAUUGGCCUCGGAAUUCUGACCCCAACUACAGAUUGUGUCUGACAAUACAACAAUAAAAUAAAAUCGGAUAUUUGACAAACAUUCCGUUUUUUCA